AUGUCUGGCCGCAAAGGUGGCAUGAGGAAGCCCAAGGAGCAGGCCAAGGAGACAGACGAGGAAGAUACGGCAUUCAAGCAGAAGCAAAAAGAGGAGCAGAAGAAACUUAAGGAGCGAAAAGGGAAGGCCAGGGGGAAGGGCCCCCUGGCCAUGGGUGGAAUGAAGAAAUCUGGCAAAAAGUGA